GGUACGAGAUAGCUAAUAAUAUCAUCGCUCUUCAGCCAACAGCAACGCACCAGCAUGAAAUCAUAAGAAAAUGAUCCCAUGCAAACUCGAAGCUCCCUGUCUCCAUUUGAUCAAAAACCUAAAUUCAACCAAACUCUAAACAAAAUCCUGUUCGGAUCAUUUACACGUAACGGAAACAUGUAGAACAAGAUUAGGUUCGACAAGGCAUGACCUUCUUGCAUAAAAGGAAGACCCGCUGGACAAACCCUUUCGACUAUUCACAUCACAAAACGACCAAAGCGAAUGGCUCCACAAGCACAAGCACAAGCAUCAUCCUUUCUCUUCUCUUUCGCAAUGCCUAUUGCUCUCUCUCUGCUUCUUCUUGCCUUUGUCCCGUCACCAGCUCUCUCAGUGACGCUUCAAUCAGAUAUUCAAGUUCUUGAAUCCAUACUACGAAGCAUUGAUCCCAGUUCCAUCUCCCCGGCCUCUUACCUGAGCACGUGGGACUUCUCAGAGGACCCCUGUGAUGCCGUUGGGACGUUCUUGGGCAUUAUGUGCUCUUUCCCAUCGGAUAACACCACCAGUCGUAUUACAGAGAUCGAGCUUGAUGACAUUGGUUAUGAUGGGUUUCUGUCUGCUUCAACUGGUAACCUGACAGAGCUCACUGUCCUUAGCCUGAACAAGAACAGGUUCCGGGGUCCAAUACCUGAAUCUGUUUUCCACUUGACGAAACUUGUCAGGCUCUCUCUCGCAGAAAAUUACUUCACAGGCGAUAUACCUGAGAGAAUCACACAUCUCAAGGAUCUCACGAUAAUAGACCUUUCGAAAAACAGCCUUACCGGUGCAAUCCCAGUAAGAAUUCCUGCUCUAAGAAGUUUAACUACCUUGAGCCUUUCAAGCAACCAUCUGACUGGGAGAAUACCUCCAUUGAAUGGCUUGUGGAAGCUACAAGUGUUAGAUCUCGGUAGCAAUCAUCUCUAUGGAACCCUGCCUCAGCUUCCCACAAGUCUGAAAAUUCUGUCUGUCUGUCGCAAUGCCCUAGAAGGACGUAUUUCGUCAUUGCAUAGGCUCAAACAGCUCACAUCAAUAGAUGUGAGCGACAACAGGUUCUCAAACACCAUUGGACAUGAAAUUCUAACCUUUCCUGAAAUCACUCAUGUCAAUGUGUCUUAUAACAUGUUCACAACUCUAGAAGUGUUCAAGUUUACUGGCAGAGAGUCACGGCUACGCAUACUUGAUGCCGAAGGAAACCAUUUACAGGGCCAUCUGCCGGUAAACCUGGCCACCUACGAAAAUCUAAAGGAAGUCAAUCUAAGGCACAAUAUGUUCUCCGGUGACAUUCCAAAGGUCUAUGGAAAGAAGCUUGAGAAUUCGUGGCGGAGCCUUUACCUGGACAAUAACUACCUGACAGGUGAUAUUCCAGAGCAGUUCCAUAAGAUUUCCAGGGUGAUGAAAGGAAGCCUUUCAAAUAACUGCCUGGAGUGCCCAAAGAAUGUUACAGUGUGCCAAGGAGGACAAAAGCCAAAAGCACAGUGCAGCACUGCAAUGAAGAUGGCCCUUCAGUAGAUAACAUGCAUAAGACAUAAUAAAAGCAGAUCUUAUUAGAAGCAUAAUUACCAAAGUAAAGUUCAUGUUGUUGUUUCCAAUGUAAUGAAUCUUGGUAGUGUUGUAGUAUAAGCGAAACCAUUGAAGUGUAAAAGCCGAAAGGGAAAAAGAAAGAGAGACAUAUUAAGAUGCCA